CCUCAGUCAGAGAGGACGCUGCUUUCAGUCUCUGCUUUAUGGGAGUUGCACUGGCCGGGACUGAGAGCAAGUAUUCAACCCUUUACUAUGGUUUUAGUUGGAUAAUCAACAACCAUCGCCAACCUCCUCUUUGAGAAAUAAGUCCUGGCAACUGUGGGUAAGAGAUAUACAUAACGAGUGUCAAAACACUGGCACCUCGCACCUGCUGGUCUGUCAACUCACGGUGUAACGUAAACGGAGGAAAUAUAAGCUCGUAAUGUUCAAUCCACACAUCCAUCAGCAGCAGCAGCAGCAACAGCAACAGUUUCACCAGCACCUGAGGCAGCUACAGCAACUUUUCCAGCAGCAGCCUCCGCCUCCCCCUCCGCCGCAGCCGCCACCUGGGCACCAUGUCCCCCACCAUCACCAUCAGGCACAGCGACCCAUUCCUGUCGCUCCCCAGACAGCCCCUCCUCCCAGGAUGGUUAGGAUGUGCCAAGCGACCCAGACGACCAUCAUUGCUCCCAAUCCCAUGCUGCAGGGGGCCCUGCUGAUGCAGCAGAUGCAGGGUAACAUGCGGAACUUUGGGAUGGGUGGACAGCAGUUCCGUCAAUUCUUCGGGUCCAGGUCGUCUCUGCUCGGACCGGUUCCCAUGGGCAUGGCUAUCAAGUCCCCCAUGAUGGGUUUCCCAGCUGCUCGUCCAUUCCACCCUCACGCUCGCUACUACAACAACAACAACACCCCCACCACAGCCUCUUCCUCAUCCUCUUCCUCCUCCAUCAGUACCGCAGAUACUGCAGUUCGCCAGCCAGACAGGAAGAGAGACAGCGAGCAGAUGGCAUCAGGGAGCACAGACGACCAACCAGCAGCUAGCAGUACCAAUGAAGCCACUGACAAGACUGAAACAGAUAGUGCCGGGGGAGGAGUGGAUGAACCCACACAGCCCUCCGAGGAACCACUUGAUGAACCUGCAAUGAAGAAGCAGAGGACAGAGGGGCCAGAAGAGUCCAAAGAACAGAGUGUUGUUGAGACUGUCACCAUUGCAGAGACAGAUGGGGACAUUCUGUCCUCAGAGUGUUACAGCAACGCAGAGGACAGUCAGCCUGACGACUGCAUCCCUCUGGAGGAAGGAGGCUUUACGGUGGGAUCAGAUGUCGCUGAAGGGCUGGAGGAGAGCAGAGUUGCUGAGGUACACGCCUGUUUGUCAGCCCCGUCCCCAUCAAGGAUAACUGCAGAUGACCAGCAGGGUGAUUUACUCUCAGAGGAGAUGCCACAGGGCAAAGAUGCCCCUUUGGCUUCACCAGACAACCAGGAGGAAGAAGAAGAGGGUGUAGCAGAGGGCGCCAACAAGUUCUACUGCUACCUCUGCAGCAUUACCUGCCACAACCAGCAAAACUUCAAGAGUCAUAUGAACAGUGUUUCCCACCAGCAGAGGAUGAUGGAGAUCCAACACAUGAGCAACGCUUGCCUGGUCACCCUGCUGCCACGAGUGCACGAGUCUCUAAUGGAGGCAAACAAAGACGGAGAGAAGAAAGCAGACGUGAAGCACUGGUGUGCCACCUGUCAAAUCCACUACACCAGUAGCAUCAUGGACCACCGUCGCACCGAGGAGCACAAACUCGCCAGCAGAACAGCCAUCUCCUCCUGCACGGUCUGCAAGAAACACUUCAGGACCUCACAGAUUUUUGUAGAGCACUUACAGUCCCAGGAGCACAGACAGAAACUGGAGAAGCUCCAGGAAAAUGAGGGCUGUGAGGCCUUAGGCAAGCUAACUGCCAUGGACGCGGAUGGCUUUUCGUUGGAAGAGGUGGAGGGCGGCGAGGUGGAGGAGGUAGAGGAAAGACAGAGGAAUGAGCAGGAUGACUGGCCCUUCCCUAAGGAAGUGACUCUAAAGGACAUGGCCAGUGAUGAGCAGUAUGACCCUGACACAGUCUACGGGUCCAGUUUUUUUGUUCCAGUAGCAGGUUUUAUCUGCAGACUCUGCAACAAGUUUUACCACUUUGAAUCUUCUGCCCUUCACACCCACUGCAAAUCACUGAAGCACUUUGAGAACCUCAAGAGGUACAGAGAGCUGCUGAGUCAAAAGAGUGGAGCUGUUGAAUCUUCCAGAGAGUCUCCUCUAGCUGCAGGCAGCCCCAGGCCCGUAACCGAAACCCCGACAGACUGUUUGGAUGAAAAUUCCCUCCCCGAUGAAACAGUAGUGACGGACAUAAACUCCACACAGCCUCUCAUUACACUCACCCGACUGAACACGCAGACAAAUGAACAGCAACAGAAGGAGCAAGCAGAGCCUGACCCAACCUCACGGGACUCCAUCAGCGCCUCAGCAACCAGCAAGGAGGAAGAGACCACAUCCCAGGUACCCGUGGUUCAGGAGAGUCCAGCCGAGCUACCUGCUGUUAACACAGAGGAGCCAGACUCAGAGCCAGCAGCUGCUGCUGUUGUUGCGGAUGCUAAUGAAGAAGAAGAAGAGGAGGAGGAGGAAGCUCCCGCUGUCACAGGGAAAAGAAACGGCGCAGGGAAGGCAAAAACCACAUCUAAACGCAGGUCGGGAAGGGCCACAAACAGACGCUGAGGCAAAGCCAAGAUGUGGAGUGAGUGGAAACUUGGCACAACCUUAGGUCAGGGUGUGUCAGUGUGUGAAGAGGUGCUUUCAUGAAACCGAGACCAAGAAGUGAGUGAACAGCCCUGCCUCUCUCUGUGUCGGAAAGUCGGAAUUAAGCACACACCAACAAAUAGGAAGAAAAAUGGUAAAUCACAGCGGAACAUGACUUAUUAUGUGCUGCUCUCCCAGGGUGGGAAAUUAACUCCUCACAGUAUCAAAUACAGGUUGAAUCAGUGAUGGGUGAGUAUCUUAAUAUUGGCUCCCAGUCAGAACAUGAUGUUUCAGAGUCGUCUAAUCUCCAGCCUCACCUAUGUGACACACUGUAUAUGCGUUUAGCUCAGAACAAACCCUUUUACAAUAUUUACAGAUCGGUAACAACUGAAUUUAUGCUGCUGAAAAAUAAGUUUUUAAGUAAAGAGAAGCUCAGUCACCUGAACACAUGGAUACACGUGUUGUGUCCUAAUUCCAAAAGCAAACUAAAAUCUAAGCAGAUUCAUUGGAUGUGUCAAAGUAUCCUUAAAAAAGUCACUUGCACAGUUCUGCCACAGAGCAAAAAGGAAAUGUAGGAGCUGCAAAACAAAAUAAAAACCGGCAAAACAGCUUUGUGAAUGCCCCAGGUAACAACUACUGGAUGAAAAGUCAUGCAAUUUGGCACCGACAUUCAUUUCCCAAUCAUGAUGAAUUAGAAUAACUUUGACUUUCCAUGUAGCGCCGUCAUCAGGUCAGAAUUUCAGUUUGGUUUAAGACCAAAUAGCUGCAAGACCAAUGACGUUCCUGGAGUCAGUGUAUAGAGCUAAUACACAGUUGUUAGCAUGCUAGCAUGCUAAACUAGGAUGGUGAAUUUGGUAAACAUACCAGCUUAACAUCAGCAUAUUAGCAUUGUCACUGUGAUUAUGUUGACAUGAGGAUUUAUCUUAAGGCACAGUGCUACGUACGACCUCACGGAGGCGUUACCAUGGCUGUAGCCUUGUUUGUUUACGAACAACAAAAACAGUUUACUACAACCAUUAUACUGUGUGUAAGUGGAGCGGGAUAGGGACACACUGAUGUAAAAUUAUAGAAGCUAAGUGCAAAUUUAAUAUAUAAAGUGUUUUUGAGGUGUAGUAUGAUGAGGAGAAUACUUUUCUUUUUUUAAGUUACCCCGUCUACAAAAUUCUUUUUUUUUUCUUUACUUUCUAAUAUAAUUGAAAUAAUUGUAAAUGAACAGUGUCCAGGCUUUUUAAAUGAGGCUAAAGGAGGAGGCUGGUAGAUUUUCUGUCCACUGGCUCAUGAUCUGACUCACCAAAUUUUAUUUCCCACCCUGCGGUGUCCUCAGUGAUCAGAAAGUUGAUGGGCGCCAAUUGUCAGCUUCUGCUAAUUCUCUAGCCAGCUAGAUGAACGAUUGUUAACUUAAUAUAACCUACACGUGGAUACAUUUUUCAACAUUGCUAACCAUGUAGCACAUGCUUUUAGCGAGCUGAAUUGUAGAAUGUAACCAAUUUAAGUGAUUGAGCAGGUGACAACUUUUGUUUCAAGAAAGUGUUAAAAUGGUACUUUGGCUUAAGUGUUGAGAAAUGCUGAACCUUGAAUCUGAUCAUCGUUUCGUUCGGGGCAUUUUGUUAUUUCCGCCAAGGAGGGUGUGUUUUCGUUUCGGUUUGUUGGUUUGUCAGCGGGAUUACUGAAAAACUACAGGCCUGAUUUCCCUGAAACUUGGUGGAAGGGUGCGGCACAGGCCAAGGAAGAACCCAUUAAGUUUUGGAGCGGAUCCAAAUUGUGGUUAUUUGGCCCUUCUAUUUAUCCUUUUUCUUAUUUUUUUGUUAUGUUUGGGGUGAAGAAGUUGUCAGCAGCUACAGCCUUGUCACUGAAAGAGUGCCAGCAGAUGGGAAGUUUUUUUUGUAUAAUGAAGAGUUUAAAAUGUCUUAAGAUUCAACAGUCUUUAGGAGCUGAACGUAGUGUUGAACGCCUAUCAACAAAAUGUCUAAAAACCAUUUCACAUCUGCAAAGUCGUAUGGGAAAGGACGCUGUGUGUUCUUGCAAUGUUAAAGGAGCUCUGAAGUGAGUCGGCACAAAAGGCUGCACUGUGUCUGCAUUCUGCUCAUUUUGAAAUUUGAAAGCGUGUCAGUCGAGGCAGGUUUACGCUGCUUGAAGCUUGAAAGACUUUCAUGCUGGGUGUCUAAGAUUGCACCCACAAGUCAGUCUUAUAGCUCAGAAUUCAUAAAGAUAAAAGCAUUUGCAUAGAAUUGAUCAUGUUGGCACAAUAGAUUUUAAACAAUCAUAUUUUGUGUCACAUUCCCAUUUACAUCUGUCAUGUGUGCUUACAUAAAAAACUAUCUUUAAUUUUCAUGGACUUGCAAUGCUUUUAGUGAUCGUGCUUUUCUCAUUAAGAUGUUUUAUUUGCUAUACACUGGACAGAUGGACACAGCUGAGUUAACGCAAGAAGGACAAACCAUGAAGUGUCUGUAUGUAUUUAAUGUAGCAAAUUGUCCUCGCAGACUUUAAACUCUGAUUUUAAGCAGCAGUAACAUACAGUCAGUUAUCCCAGUUACAGAUUAUACAGAUGUACAAUUUUGGAUCCAGCAUUUCAGCAGUCACAAGGCUUCAUGACUAGUGUGCUGCUCUGGAAACAUUUCAUCCUCCAUUGUAGAGAAGGAUAUUUUAAACCACCGAAAGUGGUUGGCUGACACAUGUAGCAACUCUCGUAGUCAUGGUGGCGACUGUCGCAUGAUCAGUGCCGCAUCACGUUCUGUCAGAAGGAACCAGAUAUGAGACUGUGAGAACAGGAAGGAGCAGGAGAGAGGAGAAGGACAUGAAAGGAUAAAUCUCAAACAAAGCUGUAUGUUUCUUAUUGUAUUUUUAUUCAGCUACUGACUCAAUUGAGAUGAACAAACCGGUGAUGUUUUCUAACUGCUGGAAGUUUCAUGUAUUUUUGGAUUUUGUUUUCUGUUUGGGGUGGGCGGGGGUCAUUUUAAUUUAUAUUAAAAUGUCUGACAAUUCCCAC